AUGAAUCAACUUCUUCUAAGAUCAAACCCAAAACUUUGCCAUCAAGGCCACUUUUCUUUUGUUUUAAGGUCUCGCUUCUUUUCCACAGAUACCAUCACAACCCCAAAUGACCCUCUGUUUCAUAGGAUCACAAUGGUAGCAGACCCCAAGGUCUCUGUUAUUACAGUUAUACAGAAGUGGCUUCAAGAAGGUCAAAGAGUUAUGCGACCGGACCUCAAUCAAUCCAUCAAGCAGCUGUGUAAAUACAACAGCUUCAGCCACGCUCUUGAGAUAUCAGAAUGGAUGAGGCAAAGAGGCUAUGGCCAAACAGUAGGAGACACGGUGGUUCAACUGGACUUAAUAUCUAAAGUCCAUGGCUUAGACGAAGCAGAGAAAUAUUGUUACAGCCUUCCUGACCAUCAUAGAACACACCUUUAUGGUACUCUUUUAAACUGCUAUGUGGACCGUACACAUUUGGAGAAAGCAGAGGCCAUAAUGCAGACAAUGAAGGAACUGGGUUUAGCAAAACCAGUGUCUUACAAUUUGAUGCUAAGCCUCUAUUCCAAGAUGGGGCAAUAUGAGGAUGUAGAUAUUCUGAUGCAGGAGAUGGAAGACCAGGGCAUUUGGUGCAACAAAUAUGCAUUCAAGAUCCUGGUGAAGGCUUAUGCAGUUUCUUCCAAUAUUGAGAAAAUGGAGAAACUUCUGAUGAAGAUGGAAAGAGAUCCUCGGAUCAACUGGAAAGUUUGUGUUGCUGCGGCAAAGGGUUACUUGAAAGCUGGCUUUACUGAAAAGGCUUUGACAAUGUUGAAGCGAUCAGAACAAUUAAUCAAGGGUAAUGAGGGAAGUUAUGCUUAUAAGAAUCUCCUCUCAUUGUAUGCAGAUACCGGUAAUAAGGAUGAACUAUAUCGUUUAUGGAAUUUUUAUAAGAAUAAAGCAGGUUUUGAUAAUUCAGGAUAUUCACAUAUGAUAAGCUUAUUGAUGAAGUCAGAUGAGUAUGAUAGUGCUGAGGAGGUUUGGGAGGAGUGGUUAUCAGUGAAGACAUUGUUUGAAGUUCAUAUUCCAAAUGCAGUGAUUACUGGUUAUUCAAAGAAGGGUCUUUGGGAAAAGGCUGAGGCAUUUGUAAAAAAGAUAGUAGAUAGUGGGAUGGAGCUCAAUGCAGACUCAUUUGAUCAUUUAGCAAGUGGAUACCGUGUUGGUGGUCAGAUGGUGAAAGCAGCAGAAGCAAUAAAGAAAGCAAUUUCAAUAAGUAAACCAGGAUGGAAGCCGAAUACUAAGGCUUUAGCUGCAUGUCUUAAGGGUCUGAAAGGCCAGGGGGAUGUGGAAGCAGCAGAAGAGCUUUUUAACACCAUACAUUUUGAUCAAAUGGAAGGUUAUGAUCAGAUUCUGAAUGGAGAAACACCAGAAAUUGUGGAUAUUGGUGAAGAGGUCAGUGCUGAAGAAUGA